AUUUAUCACUGUCUCCAUCGGAGAUGUGCCCGCCGGAACAGGGGCUACAGCAAUGACAUCUCCUCACACCACAGAGGAUGCUGCAGCAGCAGCCUCCAAGGACACGGCUCCUUCUUCUGUGGUGGGGAAGGCUCAGUCAUCUACAGCCGGGGAGCUUCAUCCUGCCAACCCAUGCCAACAUCAACCACCUAUGGGGUUGCGGGGGGGUACAGAUGUGGCGGUGAUGGAUCUGUUGUAAUAACCAGUGGUGACAGUGAGGGGACACCUGGCUGGGGCAUUGCAGGGGGAACAGUCCCAGUCUAUGGUACUGGGGGGGCAAUAGGGUGCAGCAGUGAGGACUCAGGCCAGAACAUCAUUGGCAGCUCAGGGGGUGGUGGAGGGUCCAGUGGGAAAUUGGGCAUCACUGAGGGAGGAGGCCCUGGAUAUGGAUACGAUACAUCACCGAGUAAAAAGGCCUUAACAACGGGUGGGGGCAGUGGUAGCGGAGGAUCAGGCUAUGGCAUCGGGGAAUGCUCAGGCCCAGAGCUCAGCGCUGGGUCCUCCCAGGCCAUGCAGCAGAAAUGCCCCGUGGUCAUUCCCAGCAUCGAGGUCAACCAGAGCAAGCAGACCAACCAGUGGCCCCCCAGCCAGAAGAAGUGA